UAGUGGAGAGGGAGAGGUGACACACAUGCUGUUCCUAGACUCCAGGCAUCAGGUUGCUCCUCACUAUCCAAGCCCCCCCAUUCAUUAGCCAUGUCACUGUCCACAAAGGAGAAGAGGCAGAUCCGCCUGGUGUUUCUGGGGGCCGCAGGGGUGGGCAAGACCUCCCUUAUCAAUCGCUUUCUGCAGGACACGUUUGACCCAAAGCACAGGCGCACGGUGGAAGAGUUGCACAGCACCGAGUACGAGGCAACCUGCGGCACCCAGGUGAGGAUUGAGAUCUUGGACACCAGCGGCAGCUACGAGUUCCCGGCCAUGAGAAAACUCAACAUGAAGAGCGGAGACGCCUUUGCUUUAGUCUACACCAUGGACGACCCCGACUCCUUUGAGAUGGUGAAGCACCUGAGGGAGGAGAUUUUGGAGGCUAAAGGGGAUAAAAGCCCCCCCAUUGUGGUGGUGGCAAACAAAAAGGACUUGGGGGGCGACAUAAAGGUGUCUUGGGAAGAGGCGCUGUCAACAGUGGAACUGGAAUGGAACCACCGAUUGCUAGAAACGUCCGCCAAGGACAAUCUCAACGUGACCGAAGUUUUCACCGAGGUUUUCAGAGAGGUCAACUUGCCCAGUCGGCUAAGCCCGGCACUGAGGAGGAGGAGGGAGACCAUCCCGAAUGGGGUCAAAUAUAAACCCCCCAUGAACAAGACCAACAGCUGCAGCAUCUGCUGAUCAAGGGCAAGCGAAGCCCUUACAAGACUAAAUAACGGGGUCUGUGCUUGAGUCAGGGGGCUCACCAUGAGGUGGGUAGGACAUCACAGACCCUAAAGGAAGAUCCCAUCAGGUGCACUGGUUGGGGGGGGUCACAUUCUAGGACUGAGAAUUUAAUGUAACUGACUCACAGGUUGAUCUAUUCUAGUGGCCCCUUCGGUACAGCCAAUGCACAUUAUAUACAAUUAUAUACAGAUCAAAAGACUGUGUUACUGUUGCACCCUGGGGGGGAGGGGGGAGAGAGGGCAUUUGGUAUGAACCUGUUGCAAGACAAUAUCUAAUACAAACAGAUCAGUGAUA